ACAAUGCUUGAAAUAGUAAUCACGUGCAAACGUGAAUUAUAUUAUAUAGUGUUAAAAACCAAAACUUGUCUCGUGUUUUAGUGCAAAAGGGUGGUCCACGUCGCUACUACAGUUCGCGAGAAAUCUCAACAAUUCCAAGCAGUUCGUCCAUAUCCUGCGGCUAGCAUCGUCCACUACGGAAGUCCAGAAAUCCUCGUUUACUCGAGACUCAGUUUGAAAUCGUGAAUUGAUCAUUUAUGUCUAUCAUUUAUUGUUUACUAAAGAGUCGACAAAUAUUAAUUUUGAUCCGAUGCGAAGGUACUGAUGUUGUACACCUUUUCGUUCACUAACUAUUUCUUGAUCCAUCGUCGUCCGAAAACACGUCACUGAUACCCUUUCUUCCGCUGCCUCCUGGUUCACACAAAUGGACCGAGAAAUGGUUAGUAGUCACACUCAUCCAACUUACGCACCUGGUCAAGUCUUAGUCAAUCUUGGUAUUGGCCUUUAAGCUCUCACUUAGAAUUUUUCUUCCAGUGGGGAGAAGAAAUUUUGGAGACCCUUAUGCUUAAGAUAUAUAUUAUAUUAUAUAUAUAUAUAUAUUGAUAUAUAUAUAUGUGUAUAUACAUGUAUAUAUACUACUUUAAUUCGAGAGUUUUCUUUGAGAAUUCCUCUCCUCUGUAUAUACAUUAUAUCCUCUUAAUACAUUUAAUUUCUUCCUUUCAUCAUGUUGAGAUUCGAAGAAUUGUUUACUUCUCUUUCUUUCUACACAGAGAAAGAAUCGUUUAGGGAUGUUCAGGGAAUUAAAUGAUCCUCCUUGCAGUUUAGAAACUCCCUCUAUCACAACUUCUUCGUGUUCUUCUCUAACUCUUCACUCUUCACCGUCUGGUUUCUUCUGAAUCCAUGUCAUCUUGGCAUAUGUGACAACGUCAUGUAUAUGAUGCCCGGUCACUAAUAGGUUCUUCUUCUUGUUUCGGUUAUUAAAUGCUUGAGUAACAUUUUUCUGGAUCUUCACCCCAAAUCUCCAACUUCUUGAUGAAGAUAAUAACCAAUGCUACAGAGAUUGGCACGUUGAAAUCAACAAGAGUAAGAUUGGCAGUACGUAUAACCCACACUCUAAUCGUCUCUCUUGCUAGCACCAAUCACGAUUAAAUUCUAGUCUGCAUCAUCGACCUAGUUAUCAGUAAUUAGGACUCUAUCCUUAGGUCACGAGUAGUCUUCUCCCUUCCACGGCUGAUAUUAUAGAGGACGAUCUCAGUUCUCACCGAGGCUAAAGCUGAAAGAACGGACGGACUAUGUGCAUCCACAUGUAAGACGAGAGUACGUAUGUACUACUUCCGAGAUGACUCCUUUAGCAAGGGACGAUUCCUGAGUAGCAUCGGACCACCUACUCCAUCUUUCAAAACUAUGCCUUAUAAAGAACAUGAGAGAUAAAAGAGUGCUUGCGAGAAAAAGCUCAGCAUAUUCGAUCGAGUAGACACUCAGAGAACAAUGUCUCAUUAAAUGUAUUUCUGUUAGCCAUUUCAGGAGUGAUGAAAUAAAACCUACAUCAAGCAAAAUAUUGCUAAUUAUGCAUCUAAACAGUAAAAAAGGGUGAAAAUGUAAAACUUAGUGAUAAGAGUUCAACGUGAUAACACUCUAGCGGUUGCUUGCGCAAACACAUUCAGAGAGAGAAGAGAACCUCUAGUACUCGCAGUUGCUUUAAGUACCUUUUAUCGGCAUGAUAUCCCACGUGGUAAGGAAGUGAUCUUUAUAACCGACUGAAUGAAACAUGAUACCAUGAAAAAUAACUGUCAGAAGUAUGAAGAAUCAUCUGAAUGCUUGUGAUAUCAUUAGAAGUGAAAAAAAUAAUAGCAUGAAGAAACACGUAAUUGCAACCAGCAAAACAUACUUCAGAAUAAAUGUGUACGCCGUUAGAGACAGCAUUGCAUGUAUGUACCACAGGUACAUGCAGCUGGUACCAACGGCAGGCUGUCUUAUCAACCUAGUCGGUAAAGCAGAUUGCUUAAAUUGUAUUAUACGGUGACGAUAAAUGGUACCAUAAAUGAUUAUAGCGAGAUUAUAUGCUUUACAAAAUCUCCAAGAAAAAAAAAGAUAGUGUCUUUAUUAUGUUACUUAGAUAUUAAAGAAAUUUGUUUGCUCAGUUUGAUAUCUGUUACAGAUUUAAAAUUCAAACGUGAAAUGUAGAAUACCUAUCUAAUAUAGAUAUUUUUUAUUUGCAUCAACAUACUUUUUAAAUUUCUUGGCUAGCGCGAAUUCAUUUUUCUAUUCAACUUUAUUUCCGAAUAUUGUAUGUACUUGUUGCAUUUAUAUUAUUGUGUCCAAUAUCCAAUGUUAAAAGUUCUAGUUAUUAAAAUAUAGACAAACACCUGUCUCUUGAGAUUUGAACAGAAACGUUAGAAGGUCAUGUUUGUCAUCACGAGUACGAAAAGAUACAUGUACAGGUGAACGGCUAUGACAGAAUACACAAGCAAGACAGUAUCAGUUGUCGGUUGAUGUCGUCCGUAACUACAAACCCAACGGCUUAAAACGGAUUAAAACUAUAUUAAGCCAGAUUUUCACACACACACACACAACAAGAAAUCACACAUAAAAAGAAACUGCACAUAAGAAAUCACACAUAAGAAGAAACUAUACAUAAAAAGAAAUUACACAUAAAAAAAUAUAAAAGAAAAUAUAUAACAAAAGGACACAUAAAAAGUUACAAAUAAAAAAACUAAAAAAAUUACACAUAAGAAGAAAGUGAAACCAACUACUGAAACCAACGCUGGAGAAAAAUGGCAUUAUCAUUAGCGAUACCACUAUUCGGUCUAAACAACGAUUACUUUUCUGCAUUGAACGCGAAACUUCUUAACAUCGAACGCGAACGGAACCUACAAAAUUCAUUCGAUUCCGGACGAGAUUCUCCAAGUACCGGAAGCGAGACUAGCGGCAUCAGCAGUUUUAUAACAUCCGCCGAAUCAACACCAAUCUCAUCUAGAUCGGAGACACCCAUUGAUGUGUUUUGCAGGAAUCAGGAUAAUAAUAAUAAGACGGACGUCGAUGAACUUCGCAUAAUGUUCAGAGGCCGCAACAUAUUAAAUUUGGGGAGUAACAUUAGACUACCGUUUUGGCAAUUAAGAGAGCAAACACUAACUCACCAGGACUACCAAAACUUCGUAGCCAAUCGCAGAACGUGUCAUCAAUUACGCGACCAGGCUCUUACCAACGAUUAUCCAACAAGAUGCUGCAAAGAGUGCGGAUUUUAUACACCAAGCCCCAUCAUUUAAUGUUGAUUUCACUGAUUAACGACAUUUAGCGACAACAGAUCGAACGAGCGACAAAAAAUAACGGACCAUGAGCGGCUGCCGAUUAGAAGGAACGCAUCAUAAAUCGAGAGGAACAUGUAAGAAGAAGAUAUAAAUUUAGAUAUUCAAAACGCUGGAUACGCACAAUGCAUCAUGACACGCAAUGAUGUAUAAAGAAUUUUGCAAUAUGCAUAAAUAUUGCAGCACAAAUAUUGAGACAGCUCAUACAAAUAUUUUAUAAAAUGUCUCUGUUUGCAUCAUUCGUAUAUCUGAAGAAAAUAUCCACUGAAAUAUCUAAACAACAUCCACAUAAUAGUACGAAUAUCUCGAAAAGUGUAUGUUCCUUUCAAUCGGAUACGGGCUGCAGCUCUUCUUACACUUCAAUAUCGUAAGACGUGGUGAAAUUAUGCCAUGAAAUUAAUCUUUUGCAUCAUAUUACAAAUGACGUAGAAGCACUUGGCGUUUCUAGAGUGUCUAAUAUUAGACAUGUGCAGUUGUACAAUCUUAAAAACUUAAAACCACAAUCCAACAAGUUAAUUGACAGUUAACUGGCGUAAUCAUAUCCGCAUCUUAUGAUACCUUUUCUUUAUAACGUUAUAGUAGCUUUGUAGCAUUAUAACAAAUUUGAUGAUAACUUUAUACAACGCACGCAUGUGCAACUCGGACAAAUGACGAUGAUAAGAAAUACCAGAGCUUUUCAAAGUUGUCCGAAGUUGCGACUUAUGAGCGAUUUUCGUCGAACAGUCGAAUAUCAAAUCGCUUGCGGAAGAUUUGACGGUAACCGAUUGGACAUCUGAAUAGGAAAAAUGAUUUAGACUUAUAACUCGAGAUCACUUGAAUAGAUGACACUAACUCUGUGCGGGACGAUAUUCGAUUACGUAAUUGACACGCGCAAUCAUUUCAAGUUACGUCGAAACAAUUGAUCAGUGCGUGAAAUCGAUUUGGUAUCAAGUAAUCGUCGCGAUGAGACAACUGACUUUCGAUCGAUUACACAGAUCAACAUGCAUAUGUACAGAUAUAUAAUUUAACUUAACUUUGAUGAAUACGUACUUUUCGAAAAAUCGGAAAAUCAAUUUUGAUGCAGCGAAACAAGAAUCAAUUUCACGCACCGAUUAUAUUUGUUUCGACUAUACUUCAAGUAACAAUGAUUUAAGACAUGUAACAACUGCAGAAUCGAAUAUUACGUACGUUUCACAAAGCUCUAUAAAUACAUAGAUAUUUCAUUGUUCUUCAUAGAAAUGUUCUUCAUGCAAGUCAGUUUAACAGAUUAAAGAUAUAUCUCGUUUCUACUUAAAGUGUCAUUUUUAUUAGUGUCAAUUAAUUGUGUGUUUUAUAUUCGCAAUUAACACAAACAAGUGCCGUUGCCGUUUUAUGUCACAUCGUUAUCGAACGACGCACCGAUAUAGACAUAUUGUGCCCCACGCAGCAUCAUAGAAGAUCGGCAAUUUCUACAAAUGAUCGCAGAUCAACUCUUACAUUUUCACAAUAAAUGUAGUACACCUGCGCUCGUAGGAUGUGACGUAUAAUUCUGCAACGGCAUUCUAUAUACGUCUCGCUUGACCAUUGUUUACGAGUACAUGAUAAACAAUAUUUUAUAUACCUCAAUGGUGCAUCAUUAUGUAUUUUACAACAAAUAAAGUUAUAUUGAACUGCA